AUGCAUAUUUCCACCCUUCUGCUGCCCCUGGCGGCUUCAAUCGCCGCAGCGGUGCCAUCUGCUCGCAGCUCAAGUGCUUCAAGCAUGCCCACCGUCUCUCUUGACUACAGUACGAUCCGGGCAGCUGCAGGCAAUUCCAGUCUUGGCUACUACAAGUACCAGAACAUUCGCUUUGCCGCGGUUCCCACUGGAGACCUUCGUUUCGCUAAGCCGGAAUGGCCAUCUGUUGAGUCUAUCAUAAAUAACGGAACAACCUACGCCAGUGAAGAUGUAGACUGCGCCUCCGAGGAGGACUGUCUCUAUAUGGAUGUCUGGGCUCCUGCCAAUGCCAAGGGCAAGAAUCUCCCCGUUGUGGUCUGGACCUAUGGCGGUGGAUUCACCGGUGGUUCUAAAUCCGAGAACACCCCGGAGGGUCUAUUUGAUCUGUCCAAAGGCUUCGUCUUCGUAGCCUUCAACUACCGCCUCGGAAUUACCGGUAUUGCCAACUCAGUGACUGCCGUCCACCAAGGCGCCACCGACAAUGUCGCCCUCUAUGAUGUGGAGCACGCCUAUAAAUGGGUCAAGAAGUACAUCAGUGAAUUCGGCGGCAACCCCGAUGAUAUCACCGCUCUCGGAUUCUCCGCUGGAGCCAGUAUGCCCAUCUUCAUGAUGACCCGCUACGGAGGCCACAACGAGCAGCUCUUUAACAAGGCCUACCUCACAUCCCCAGGCUUCGUACCUGGCGCGGGCCACCACCAGGGCGAAACCUUUUGGCAAAACGUUUCCACCGCUGUCGGCUGCAGUGGCGGUGAUCUCUCAUGCAUGCGCAAGGUCUCAUUCGCAAACCUUACCGAUGUGGCCAACGAUGUCUACAAUGAUUAUGGGUACCAAUUCCAGCCCCGCGUGGAUGGUGACUUUGUGGCAGAUACCUACGAGUCGCAGCUCUACCAGGGCCGCUUCAACUUCACCGGUCCCUUGGUCAUCACGCACGAGAAGCACGAGAACAACGGCUUCCCUACCUCCGGCGUCAACACCACUGCCGAUGUGAGGAGCGAGCUCCGCACCUUCUUCCCCGCUAUCACAGACGAUGUCAUUGACGAAAUUAUGGAACUGUACCCGGAGUCUGACUACACUAGCCCUGGAUACCGCUUUGCCGAUAUGAGACAGUCUUUCGAUCUGACUGCUCACGACUAUGCCCUGACUCGGGCUCUGAACAACAAUACCUGGAAUGCCAUGGUCGCACUUGGCCAGGCUACUCACGGUACUGACCAGAGUUACUACUGGUACAGCACCUACUCCCUUUCCUCAAGCUCCAGCUCCAGCACCGCGCCUGCUGCUGGUGCCGGCAUCACCAUUUCCAGUAGUAGCUCGGUGAGCCCUGCCGUUGCUCGCAAGAUGCAAAAAUAUCUUCUCUCUUUUGUUUUGACUGCCAACCCCAACACCAAAUGGGCUAGCGACAAGACUUAUUGGCCCAAGUACGGCACUAACGCUACCGAGAUCGUUUUCAACACUACCAUGUAUACCCAGGAAGAUGACCUCGCUAACGCUAAGAGCUUGUAUUGGAACAAGGCGCUUUGGUAUUAG